AAUAAUUAGCUCCCUCUGCUGUGCAACACACCAGUGUCUUUUAUUGUGAAAUAUACUGUGGGAGGAUCAGUGCAAGGCCAGGUUAAAGACUCUUUGCAGUUGGAUUUAGGUAGUUUGGGACAUUGCCUGCACCAGUCUGCUGACAUUUUACUCUCACUUAGUUGUAUGUGUUUGGUGGCAUUAGCAGGUAGUCAUGUCGAAACCCUCGGUGCAGCGCUCAUACCUGGUUCUGGAGAACUACAUCGGAGGAAAAUUUGUCCCUUGUCGGAAUCACAUCGACUCCUAUGACCCGUCCACCGGAGAGGUCUACUGCAAAGUGCCUGACAGCGGCAAGGAGGAGGUGGAGGCAGCAGUGGCAGCAGCUAAAGAGGCCUUUCCUGACUGGUCUGCCCGCAGCCCAGAGCAACGAGCACAGGUCCUCAACAAGCUGGCUGACCUGAUCGAAGCCAACCUGGAGGAGUUUGCCCAAGCUGAGUCCAGAGACCAAGGUAAAACAGUAACAUUUGCACGGACUGUGGACAUUCCCCGGUCAGCGUACAACUUCCGUUUCUUUGCGUCAUCGGUGCUCCACCACACCACUGACUGCAGCCAGAUAGACCACAUGGGCUGUCUCAACUACACCAUCCGCUGUCCUGUGGGCGUGGCGGGUCUGAUCAGCCCCUGGAAUCUCCCCUUGUACCUGCUGACCUGGAAGAUUGCGCCUGCAAUCGCUACAGGAAACACGGUGGUGGCCAAACCCAGCGAGAUGACCUCUGUGACAGCCUGGAUGAUGUGCAAGUUGAUGCAGCAGGCUGGUGUUCCUCCAGGAGUAGUCAACAUCGUAUUUGGCACUGGUCCGAAAGCAGGUGAUGCCCUCGUUGGCCAUCCUGAAAUCCCACUGGUCUCCUUCACUGGCUCCACAGCGACUGCCCAGCGCAUCACAGAGCGGAGCGCCCCCUACUGUAAGAAGCUCUCAUUGGAGCUGGGAGGUAAAAACCCUGCCAUUAUUUUUGCUGAUGCAGACCUGGACCAGUGUAUCGAGACCACGGUUCGCUCCAGCUUCUCCAAUCAGGGAGAAAUCUGCUUGUGCACCAGUAGGAUUUAUGUUGAGAGGAGUAUCUACUCUGAUUUCCUGGAAAGGUUUGUGGCUGCGGCUAAAAAGUGGAAGACCGGCGUGCCUUCUGACCCCAGCAACAACAACGGAGCUCUCAUCAGCAAAGAGCACCUGGAAAAGGUUCGAAGCUUUGUAGCACUCGCCAAAGCAGAAGGUGGUGUCGUCCACUGUGGUGAGGGGGUUGAUCGGCUGGACCUGCCUGAGCAAAACAGGUCCGGCUACUUCAUGCCAGCUACUGUCAUCUCAGGCGUAUCUGACAGCUCCCGUGUCAUGCAGGAGGAGAUCUUUGGCCCCGUCACCUGUGUCAGCCCCUUCAACACAGAGAAUGAAGCUGUUUCCAAGGGUAACGGGGUGCGUUAUGGUCUAUCGGCCACUGUGUGGUCUCGAGAUGUGGGGAAGGUUCACCGGGUGGCCAAAAAGUUACAGGCAGGUUUAGUGUGGACCAACUGUUGGCUGGUGAGAGAUCUGAACCUGCCUUUCGGAGGGAUGAAGAACUCUGGUGUAGGAAGGGAAGGGGGGAAGGAUUCCUACCACUUCUUCACAGAGGUGAAGAGUGUCACGAUCAAACACUGAGGAACGAAAGGAGGGUGACAGCAGUUUUUAGUCUUGAUUGGAGGAACAGUUUCUGUUAGAGGCAGGUACAGAGAUUUGGGGAAAGUUGUGUAGUUAAUCAUGACUUUCAUCAACCUGCAUCAGCAACUCUUAGGAAUUUCAAAACAGAUUUCUCCUCACGCGCUCUUGGAUUACUGAAGCUUGUGAUUAAGUCACAUUUGUAGAAUACAAAAGUUAGAGAAAGUCACAUUGUAAUAAUACAGAUGAGUAAACCAGCAGAGAUCCAAAAGAAAUGUUUAGUGAAUAGAAAAUAUAUCACCAUGUAAAACAUUAGGAUAUUAUACCUUUACCAUUUGUUCUUUCUUGAAUAUUUUGUAUCACAGAACAUUCUCUAUUUUUGAGCAUUUCUGAGCAGAUGAAAUGAAUGGAGUGGUUUUUGGUCUUAAAAUUAGAAAAGGUGCAGACCAGACAAGGUAAAACCAGAUAAGGCAAAAGCUUAUUUUCUUUUCCCCUUUCAAGAAAAGACGUCAAGGGCACAAUUUAUGAAUUUAAGAACAGCAACUUAAUCCAACAUCCUUCAAAAGUUUAAACCGCAGGUUCGUGUCCUGCAUGGCAGUUCAGGGAGUAACACAGCAAUCCUGAAAAGAGGGCAUACAAACAGUGAUAAUACAAAUAGAAAAAAACCUCAUUAUGUGCCUCAGGCUAAGCAAACCCAAGAACCAAAUCAUUGCGGCUGAGUUUCAUCAGCACAAGACAUUUAGGCUGACAUUUGUUCAGGUAUUUUGUAACACAUACAUGUGUUGCCCCAAAUUAAAACACCUUACAUAAA